AUGGCAGUUUUCUGGGUUUCGGAAUGUAUACCACUACCAGUGACUUCCUUCCUGCCGAUGGUAGUGUUUCCAGUAACAGGAGUGAAUAGCACAUCGGACACUAGUGAGGCUUAUAUGAAUGACAGUUUGAUGAUGUUUAUUGGAAGCCUCAUUUUGGCUGCCUGCGUAGAACAGUCUGGUUUUCAUAGAAGACUGGCUUACGGUGCAGUUCGGACUAUUGGAUUUACUCAUUUCAGGCUUCUGUUAUCGAUGUGUUGUGUGACAAUGUUUGUCUCAUUCUGGAUUACUAAUACUGCUGCCACAACUAUGAUGGUGCCUAUUAAUUUUGCCAUCUUAAAAGUUUUUGAGCAACAAAAAUUAUUGACAAUAUUCGAGUACACUAGUGAUGGUGACCGUGUUGCAACAGAUAUAACCACCUGCUACUUUUGUGCCGCCACAUUUUCUGCAACAAUCGGUUUGGAUUUAGUGAUAUCGAUU